CUCGGGUGGGCGGACUGCACUGGUCGGUUUCUUUCAGCGUUAGCCUCGCAGGCUAGGCUAGCACGAAUGACGGAUUUUGGGAAGUGUAACACCGCCAGACAUGAUUGAGUGGAGACCAUCCUACAAGGCCUGAGCUGAUUUGUCAGCCUUGCGUAGGUUUGGUUUUCACCCUCCAAGUGUCCUGUGGCUAUCRGCUGACCAUGGUGGUCUGAGCAGAGGAAGCACAGCGAGGCUUGACCAAGAGAGGAGCAAAGAGACGGAUCAGGGCAAAACGAGAAGAAAGGAUAUUUAAGAAGAAAAUGUCUGUAAACAAAGAACUGGUGCUUUUCUAUAUUAGGUAUAAACUGUCCCAGAGAAACUAUCCUCUCGACCACAUACUCAGUGACCCCUCAAACAGGACUGUUGAGGGGGGCGCAGAGCAGACAGAGACACACGCCAAUGGGACUUUUAAUGGGACGAGUCCCGGGACCCCGCCGGCGUCCCCGCUACGGCAGCAGGCGUCCCCCACGGCGGCGAGCAUGGACAAGGUGAAGGAAGCGCUCCGGGACACGGCCAACGAGUUCGAGCUGCGGUACGCCCGCGCCUUCAGCGACCUGCACAGCCAGCUGCACAUCACGCCCGCCACCGCCUACCAGAGCUUCGAGAACGUGAUGGACGAGGUGUUCCGGGACGGCGUCAACUGGGGGCGCAUCGUGGGGCUCUUCGCGUUCGGCGGGGCGCUGUGCGUCGAGUGCGUGGAGAAGGAGAUGAGCCCCCUGGUGGGCCGGAUCGUGGAGUGGAUGACCGUCUACCUGGACAACCACAUUCAGCCUUGGAUCCAGAGCCAAGGAGGAUGGGAGCAUUUUGCUGAAAUCUUUGGCGACAACGCUGCGGCUGAGAGCAGACUGGCUCAGGAGAGUUUUAAGAAGUGGCUGCUGGUGGGGAUGACGGUGGUGACCGCCGUGGUGGCGGGCUCUCUCUUCGCCCAGAAACGCCUGUGAGCAGACGUCCGCCUCUGUUUCCCCACCUCGUCCCCCUCCAUCCUUCACCUGUCUGUUAAAAUGAAGGUCCUGUUUGUCUCCGAGCAGAACUGUCGUAGACGUUUACGUACCUUUUCGUCACGCCGCUCGCAGCGGACCGAGAAUCCUGAAAAUGUUGUUGGACUUUUGAAAAAGACGACUGUAACAGAAGUUUUAGUAUUUUCUUGUGUUCACCUUUUUUUCCCGCCAUUUUAAUUUAAAUGUGUGGUUAUAUAGAAAUACACAUUUUGUUAACUGA